AUGAGGCUCGCGUGGUACGCAGGGGUUUCCACGGCCCUGGCGGCCUCGGUCGUCGUAUCAGCCUUCCACCAACGAGCCAACUUUUACUCGGCCAUGGUCUACCUCGCGCAGAGCAACUUCUGCUUAUUGGUCCUGGUCAACUUCAUUUACCUCAUCUACGGUACCCUGAUAUACGGCCUGCAACGACUCCUGUAUGGCCCGCUGCGACAAGUUGAAGUCGAGCAACUUUCCGAAAAAGCCUGGUUCGCUAUUACCGAAACAUGCCUCGCGAUGACGAUAUUCCGGGAGGAGAUUGGCGCGUGGUUCCUCGUCAUGUUUACCGCACUGGUGACAGGCAAGGUCUGGGGCUGGAUUGGCGAUGGCCGCGUUGAGGUUCUCGAGCAACAGCCUCCUGCGAACCCGGGUCUCUUCCACACUAGGCUCAGCUUGUCACUCCUCUUAAGCUUGGUGUACGACACUUGGCUCCUUCGAUACACUGUCUCUACAGUUAUCCAACAAGCACGUCCUAACAUGAUGGUCAUGUUCCUCUUCGAAUUCGCUGUUUUGGCAACAUGCUCAGCACGAACCGGAAUUCGGUACUUGGUGUCAGUGAUGGAGCAGAACAUUGUCAAGACGCAAACGAGAUUGCGCCUGGAGGAGCGACGAAGACAAGUUCGCGAGGAGCGCGAGGAACUCAUCCGACAGCGCGAACAAAACGGUGCGGGUGAUGAUCAGCCCGAAUUGCCUCGUGAGGAGGACAUUGAUGAAAUGGACAUUGAGGUUCCUGGAUGGGAGGCAAAGGGUCAGUGGAUACUGAUCCUGGACCUUUUCGCUGAUUGUGUGAAACUGGCCAUCUACCUGGUGUUCUUCGGCAUCUUGCUCACAUUCUACGGCUUGCCGAUUCACAUCAUGCGUGACCUUUUCAUGACAGCCAGAUCUGUCAUUAAGAGGGGUUCAGCACUGUGGCGCUACCGCAAGGCUGUCGAAGACAUGAACAAGUAUCCUGACGCUACCGAGGAGGAUUUGGGACGAGAGGAUACAUGUAUCAUCUGCCGAGAGGAGAUGCGUCCCUGGGACCCAACCAACGGGGCCGUCGAACGUGUGCGACCUAAAAAGCUUCCGUGUGGACAUAUUCUACACUUUGGAUGCCUCAAGAGUUGGCUUGAGCGUCAACAAGUCUGUCCUACCUGCCGAAGCCCUGUUGUCAUUACGAACAACAACAAUAAUGGCGCCGUACCGCAGAAUCGGGACGCAAUGUUCGCUAGAAUUGGUCUCGGCGGGCUCGGAGCUGCGCCUGCUGUCCCACCUGGCCAGCAACCGCCUGCGAACCAUGCACCAGGCGCCGCUCCCGGCGGCCAGCCAGCUCAGCAACCGCCCCGAAACGGUGCAGCGCGAGUCUUCCAGCUUGGCCCUCUCCGCCUCGGUUUCGCCCAGGGCGAGAACAUGCAGCAGUUGGCACAGCAAAUGGGUGUUCCCCAGGAGGCCAUCCCUGCACCCUUCGCUCAGGGCGGUCCCGCUGGCCCUUUUACGCCCGCUGCACAAACGCCAGGCGGUAACAACAUGCCAGCUAUCCGGCAGCAGAUUCAACAGCUCGAGCAGAUGAUACAGCGUGAGGUGUCAACCCUCCAGAGCAUGCACCAGGAACUGCAGACACUACAUCUUCUUACAGCAGAGCUGAGCCGUAUUCGCCAGCUGCAGCAGCUUACAGAACAGGCCCAAAAUGUACCCCAGAAUCCUGGACCGACCCCGCCGGUGUUCAACCUGGGCCAGCCACAGCAGAUGCCACUUCCGGCAAUGUCGUUAUCGCAAGUGCCCAUCCAUCAUACCCUGCGUGUGAACGGCCCAGUAGUGACACGGCAUGGAGCCGCAAACCACUCCAACGCAAUUCCGGCCGGCAGCUCUGAGCUCCCAGAAGGCGUAGUGAUCCCACCUGGAUGGUCACUUCUUCCUCUUCAGCGGAUAGAAGGCGCCCCCGGAUCUCAGCCCUUCCCCGAAAGGCCGUUGUCGGCGUCGGGCGAGACAGCUCAGCCUUCGGAGGCACCUGUCCCGCAAGCUCCAGUCGUUGGCGUGACCCAGGAUGCCGACUCAACUCACCCUGCUACGAAUGACUUCUCAACGCGCUCUACCGUCCACGAGCAAAGACAGGAGCCCGUUGGCUCUGGUCAUGAUGUCUCCACGAAUCAGACGGACCCGCCGCCGGUCCUUGCCCCGAACCCGGUGCUACCUAACUGGGGCGGUGCGAACCAGCUUUUCGGCAACGGACGUGGUUUGCCGGGAUUGGGCAACAACGCCCCAUCGGAGACGUCUAUCGAUGAACCCCCGAGAUACGAUGAGGACGCGCCUAGAAGUUCGCCAGAGAAGACGUCCGCCACGGCCCCCGCGGUGGCCGAGGGAAGUGCCGAGGAGGAAGGCGGUAGUAGUAGCAAGGGCAAAGCCAAGGCCAAGGCCGUCACGGUCGAGGAAGCCGUUGACGACGACGAAUAA